UCUAGCAUCACGUGACAUACAGAAACAAUCCUCAACUUCCGGAAAAAGUCAACAUAUGUUUUGAUGGGCAUGCCAUUGAUGUAAUAUUAAAGGCGUCAUGUCAUCCAGCAUUGCUCAAAAUCUUCGAGCACCAGCACUCGUUCUGCUGUUUCUUGUUCUCAUAGAUGUGAAAUCAAUCGCACAUGCAGAUAAGAGUUUUGAAGAUGUGCGUUGCAAGUGCAUCUGUCCACCUUACAGAAACAUCAGUGGACAUAUCUACAAAAGAAAUGUGACCCAGAAAGACUGUAACUGUCUGCAUGUGGUGGAGCCCAUGCCAGUGCCUGGCCAUGAUGUGGAGGCCUACUGUCUGCUCUGUGAGUGCAAGUAUGAAGAACGAAGCAGCAACACCAUCAAGGUGACCAUUAUCAUCUACUUGUCAGUGGUUGGGGCUCUUCUUCUCUACAUGCUGUUCCUGCUUCUAGUUGAUCCUCUGAUCCGCAAACAUGAUCAGUACACCAUUCCACUGCACAACGAGGAGGAUUCUGAGGACGUGAGGCCGCAUGUGGAUGGCCGUGGGAACACGGUGCUGGAGAGGGUAGAGGGAGCUCAGCAGCGCUGGAAGAAACAGGUCCAGGAGCAGCGAAAGACUGUGUUUGAUCGCCACAAGCUGCUCAGCUAAGUCCUCAGAUUCCAGCUGGGGAAAAGGACAAAAUGGGCACCACUGACUGAGACAAAAUUUUUAUGUUUGUCUUACAAUUUCAGCUUUUAUGGCAAUGUAUUUUCAAUUGGUCUGAUGCUUGUGUAUUUUUAUUAUUAUUUUAAUUGCACGAAGGCUGACUUGAUUGUGUUCCGCUUUCAAACUGCUGCUGUGAAAAGGUUUAGUAGCUUGCUGUUAACAUAAAUGAUGGGAAUCAGUCAGCCCCAGUUUGUCUUACUCCAGCGGUCACCUUUACAUUUCUCACGUAAUAACUUGAAUAUAUCAGUGCUGCCACUACUUUGCUUUGAAAUUGCAUUGCAAAGGAUGAGAUUGCAAUAAAAACAAUGUAAUCUGGGAGCAUUGAUAUGGAACUGUAUGCAAUCUAAUAUAGAUGCACGUAUGAAUGGGUAGAAUGUCAUUGCACUGCUGUAGUUUCACCUUGAGGUACCAAGAAAAUGUAUUGAAUGAUUUUCAUUAUUGGUGGAAUUUUUGCCAUUUGAUAAUACCAUUAAUUAUGGCUUAUAUGUCUCUAGAAUAUCUCUUUAAAAAAAUGGCACAUUGUACCUUAUUUCAAGAUGUAUAUACUCUUCGUAAGACUGAAGACAAUAAGGGUUUGAGUGGUUGUUAUGGUUGAGUGGUAUCCUCAUAAGCUUCCUCUUAGAUGAUUGCCACUUUUGUUGAAUAGUCUGAUUUACAGACGUCCAAUAAUAUUGAUUUCGCACCCUAAAAAUGUGCUUGACUAUCGUAUUUGUUGCUACAAGAAUUUCAUUCCAGUGUGUAUCCAAAAUACUUGUUGCUGUUUUACAGCUGAAACAUUCUUGCUUAUGUGAAAAUGCACUGAAAUAUUAAAUAUUGUCAGAAUAUU